CUUUUAAACAAUCGAGACUUGUGAAAGACAUUUCGAAAGCCCUGUCUGAGAACUCACAAACAACUUUGUCAUGCAACAUGAAUGUAUUAUCUUUUCUUCCUGGUAAUUAUAUUCUUUUCUUCUCCCGUAUAAUAUUUUGUUUCUGCUUCUCUGCCUGACUUUUUCUCUGCACUUAAUGAUUUUUGUUGUGUGGCUGUGCUUCUCAAGCUAAAAAAACAAACAAAUUUAAUUUGACUUCUUUUUCUUCUUUUACCCCACUUUUCUUCUUUUCCUUUUUUUACUAAUCGCAACACCAGCGCUUUUGUUCAAAGCUCACAAACAACUCGUCGACAAGAAAAGAUGUGAUUGUUGUCAGUGCUCAUUUCUAUUUCGAAAUCGGGAAAAUCGAAAAUAAAAUGCUUUUGUGUUCAUGUCAAGUGCCCGAAAGUGCAUUAAUGAACUGUGUUUACGUGCGUUGUCAACGCCAAAGCCUCGGUUACGGUACUAAAUUUCUAAACACCGGAAGUUUUAAAAAGAAUCAGCUUCUUCUCAUCCUUCAGGCUCUAAACCGAACGCAAAGGAUGAAAAGCAAGAGGAAAGACUGAAUACCCUUUAAUCUGUAUUUCAUUCAUUAUAAAGCAGUAAUAGUGUAUGUGGCAUGAAAACACCACAUAAACGUUGAAAGGUCUCGUAAGCCUCUAUUCUUGUGGAUUCAAAAGAAACAAUCGGCAUGGCUUAUAGAUGCUUGUGUCCUGAAAUCAAACUCGCAUAUGUCAACGAUAAAUUUCAGCUGUAGUGCUUUCAUGAAAACAUGAGUCACGUUUUUCAAAAGGGCAGCCACACGUAACAUUAUGGGGAACUUGUGCUGCAAAAACGUCACAUCAAAAUCAAGGAAAGGAAAAGGAGACAAGUCGUCGAUGGGGCAGCAUGCUUUUGUAGACGAUUACAACGAAAGUUUUAAAAUCUUCGACAAGAAUAAGGACGGGAACAUCUCGUUGGACGAGAUUCUGGAGACGUUCCAUGAGAUGAACUUGCCUCUCACCCAAGAGGAAGCCGCCGAUCUCAUAAAUGAGUUUGAUGUAAACGGUGACGGCGUGAUAGGGUUCGAAGAGUUCGUGCAGUUCAUGAAGAAGUACCUGAACGCCCAGGAGACGGGGGCCUCCGCCAUGUUCCACUACUUCGACAUCGACGGCGACGGCUGCAUCACGGUGGACGAAUUUGUGCUCACGAUGAAGUUCCUGGGAGAGGAACUCACUAAGCAAGAUGCUGAUCGCAUCCUGGGACCGUACUACAGAGGAGGAGAGAAGAAAAUAAAUAAGGAAGACUUCAACUCAAUAAUGAGGAGCUACAUAUGAAUGAAGACAUGUGGAUGAAGCAGGACUGUGCAGCUCUGAAGGGGGCGUGUUAAUAAUGAGCUAGUGUGCUGUGUGCUGUGUGUGUAUGUGUAUGUGUGUGUGUGUGUGUGUGUGUGUGUGUGUGUGUGUAUGUGUGUGUGUGUGUGUGUGUGUAUGAGAGUUUGUUUGUGUGAAUGAGAGAAAGAAAAAGAGAGGGAUGAAAAUAAAGAGGCUUAAAAAGAGACAAGAGUC